AUGAGAGAUUUAUACUUCAGUCUAAAGAAGUUCUUGUUUGUAAUAACUAAAUCCUAUUUUAAUUAAUUCUAUAUUUACUAUUUAUUUGAUUUAAUUAAAAAACUGUUUUCUUAAAAGAUUUAAUUAAUUAAUUUUUUUCAUUAAUAAAUUUUUCCCUAUAUAUAAUAUGAAAAUCAAAAUCAUGCCAUUAAUCCCAAAAGACCGAGUGAAAUAACUGACAAGAUGUAAGCACUGUCGGUGGUAGUGCCAUUAUCUGUUCCAUUAUUGGUACUAUUUGAAUUAUUUGGAGUGACAGAUCCUGCAAUGCAACUUUCACAUUUAUUAGUAGCGGCAUUCCAACUAUAGGUGUAAGCUGAUUUAGUGUAGCAAAUCUUGGAAUCGGUCAUGGUUCCUGGAUCAGCAGCAGCGCAUUUUCCGCUUUAAAGAACACAAACAGUAGAAGAGGCUCCAUCGAAACUUGGAAUAGGUUGACAAUCAGUCCCUGUGGCAAAGGUAUCACAUGUGUGAUUAGCACAAGAUGUUCCUGCUGAGUUUUCAGUCCAUUUACAUGUUGGGUUGGUUGUACAAGCCAAUUUAUCUUUUGUAGCAUCAGCACAUGCUGUGAAGGUCUUGCAUGUUCCAUUAACUUUAGCAAAUUUGCUCUAGAUGUAUCGAUACUGAUGGAUUAAAAAACUAGUAUGAGAUGUUAAAAUGAAAGAAUUUCUAAAAAUAUCAAUAAUUUUGAUUUCAUUUUGAUUAAAUGAUGAUUGUGAGAACAUUCCUUAACAAUAAAAAUAUACAUCUAUAUUUUACUUGAAGGGUUUGUAAUCAAUUUUGUGACUCUAUUAUAGUUUAGGCACCCAAACAAAUCAAAUGAGCAAAUAACAAAUUUUUUGAUAUUUUACUUAAUUCUUUAGUAUUGAUUUGUCUUAAGUAAAUAAAGAUAAAAUUGAGAUGUAAUCUAAUGUUGCUUUAACAAAGAAGAAAAGUUAAAAAAUUCAAAAAAUUGAAUACUAAGUGAUCCAAAAUUAUGAAAAAGAU